AAAAUUAACCAUAAACACAACAAACGCCACAGCGCAUUUUUUAAAUGUUAUAAAACACUCGCAGAAAGUUUGUCCACGGUGUGCGGAGAUAAAAAAAGAUGAGUUUCAACGCGGAAGAGUACUAUCGGUCGGUUUUUGACGAGCAGCUCGCCUCGACUAUCGAGGAUUUGGAGAAAGAGUCGGAGGAAAAGACGAGCUCGAUGCUUCUCGCGGAGGACAUCGAGGAGAACAGGAGAGCGACCAUAGCCCUGGAAGAGCAGGAAAAGGAGUUGCAGGGGAAGCGGGAGCGUUUGCGAGAAAGAGCCGAAAAGGUGGCAAAAGAAAAGGAGGAACUGAGGCAGUUAAAACGGGAUACUGCUAAGGAGCUGCAAGAAAAUCAGGCCCAAAAGCUGCAAGCCAUCCAACAUGCAAAGGAAGAGGAAGAAAAAAUCGAAAAGCUAGAAAAGAGCAUUGAAGAACUGACGAAACGGUAUGAAGGCCUGCUCGAAGAAAGACAAGAACAGCACCGGCGUAGACGGCAGGCCAAACUAAACCGGGAGAGCAGUGCAAAGAUGCCUGGAAAGUUUGAGGACGCCGAUCGACGCCGUGAAUGCCGUAGAGCAGAGUACCUGAGAGACGAAAACCUACGACUUAAAGCUGAACUAAAAGAGAUCGAUCGCUCAAAUCUGGAACUGCAGAAGGACAUAAAGGAGGAGAAGACUCGUAUCCUGCACCUCCGAAGAGCUGAGGCAGAAGAAGACAGAGCGAAGACAUCACAGCAGAAACAGAAAGAUUGCAAAAACAUUCACACGCUACGGCCUUUAAAGAUCACAGCUGUUCCACAGAAACUGAAACUAGAGGAAGAGUCACCACUGAACAUGAAGAUGAGGUCCUGGAACGCUCAGGAUAAAGGCCGGGAUUCGUCUACGACUAUCUUAGGAUUUGGAGAAAGAGUCGGAGGAAAGAUGAGCCUCGAUAAGCCAAGGAGGACACGAGGAGAACAGGAGAGCGACCAUAGCCUCUGGAAGAAGCAGGAAAAGGAGUUGCAGGGGAAGCGGGAGUGUUAUGAGAAAGAGCCGAAAAGGUGGCAAAGAAAAGGAGGAACUGAGGCAGUUAAAACGGGAUACUGCUAA